CUCGAGUGCGAGUGCAUCCGUGCGAUAUACCCGUCUGCCCAACCCAAUUUGUUAUGAGCAGCAGCAGCAAUAGCCCGGCGAAUAGUAGGCAAAGACGCAACGAGUAUUCGCGUUGUCGAGGGGCAGCGGUGCAGGGAAUCAAUAUGUGAAAAGAAGAAAACGGCGUUUCUGAUACGGAAAGAAGCACACUCGGAAUGAAGAGAAGGUUUCCGUUAGUGCUGUUAGAAGUUUUAAGUGUUACGCAUCAUUUUCGUUAACGUUGUUGCGCGUGGUUAUUUCUUAUGUUGGAACUAUCCGGAUAUCGAAGCCAGGCUAGGUUUGUUUCUAAUCGUUGAAAAAUGUUGAAUAAUCGGAAGCUCUGCGGGGGGUGUUAGUGACAUAGUUCAAAUCAGGCAGGCAGCUGUGUGUUAUAUGUGUUAUGUUGUACUUAUCAUCGAUGAAGUGUGGUUUUUGACACGUACAUUUGUCAUUCGUGUGAAGUGAAAAGCACCGUAAAGGUUGCAAACAUUAGGAGCUGUUCCGGUUUUUUUUUAAAAGUCAGCAGCAUUUCGAUAAUCCAUGCCAGCAGUGACACGAGGCGUCAAAACAAGUACGCAAGUGACAGAAUACGUGUAAAGUCUGUGCUAUACUUUUCCUUCUAUGGUGUUAAACAGCUACGCCAUAAAAAAAGCUACUGUUGGCAGAAGAGAGAAAGAGAGGGAGAGCGAAAAGCGAAAGAAAAUCUAAGUAUCUGUUUCAGUGUCUGUGAGUCGCCUGCUUUGAUUUGGAGUGCGAUACGGUACCUUGUUUCUAAUUGAUUGAAAUUGACAGUAGUUUUGCUGUUUUUGUCUGUUGUGUCUCUGUGUCGAUGUCGAAUGAUUAAGUGUAUAACGUUCGGAAAGUUUUCCGCACUUGCCUACGCUAUCGAAUCGAAACCUGUCCGGAGAGAAGAAGACAAAAUCACUAGCCCACUCAUACACACAUUCUCAGACACACCGGAUCGAGAAGAAAACAUCUAGCUUAGAGACUCACGGAUCGCAUUUUAUGGGAAUGAUGAUGAAAACGAAUGUCCCCAAAGCGGCAUCCUACCCAACAAGACGAUGCUGAUGGUGGCGGCGGUGGCGGUGGAGGAGGAUCAAUAAUCGGUGGGCACGUUACAGUAGAAACAUCCUCACCAGUCCCCAGUCCGUGUUCGGGACAGUUAGACGCGACGACGUCUGCCGGCUCCAGUAUGGUGCUUUUAUCCAGUCCGCUGGAAGCCAACCAGCUUAUCCUGCAGCAACAUUUGGGCCACCAGCAGACACAUCACAUCAUUGCUACUGGCAACCACACCAAUCAGAUCAACAGUACCGGUCACGGUAGUGCAAUCAGUGCUGCCAACAGUCACGGUAUCAUUAUCAACAACAACACUAGUUUUAAAAACCACAACAACAUCGUCAUCAGUGGCAGUGGCAGUAGCAACAAUAGCAGCAACAGCAUCAGCAGCACCAUCAGUAGUCAUACCUACACAAUCAACCUCAGCGGCAGUCACAAUGGUCACGCGGUAAUCGCAGACGGUGGCGGCAGCAGCGCUACCUCGUCGGUCCAUGGAUACGGACCGGUUGCGACUGCCGCCGCCGUCAUCUCCACCGCAGCAUCUGUGAACAAUAGUACGAACAUUUGCGCCAGUAAUCAUAGUAAUAGUCAUCACCUGGGGCAACAACAAUUCCACCACAGUCACCAUCAGCUACAUUCUGCGCCAAACACGGCCAGUACCCUCAUCAGUCCCGGCAUGGCAACCGCUCAUAGCAACGGCCCGAUGGCUGCGACGGUGGUGGCGCCAACACCACCGCCCCCAGAGGCAUCCAAGCUAGUGGUGCUGCAGCAAGGACACCUCGGAGAGAGUUAUAUAACCGCUACCGACGGUAUGAACGGUGUUGGCAACAUUGUCCUACUCGCCACUGAGCAGAUGGAUGAACACGACAUUCUGAACAAUAACGUGAUCAUUACCAGCAAUAACAACAACAACAACACCAGUACCAGCAACAGCAGUAAUAGCAACGGCCAUGGCAAUCACGCCAGCAACAGUCACAUAAUCAGUCAUCAUAGCCACAGCAGUAGUCAUCAUCAUCAGCAUCACCAUCAUCCGCUGCGGAACGGGACCACGACCGUCCUGGCGACCAACGGAACCGUGAUCAACGGGGACGAAGAACUGACCCCGCUCACGUGGUUGCACGACAAGAAUCUGCUCAAAGGUAUCAACCUAUCCAAGGUCCCAGUAUCUUCACCCGACAGUCCACGGCAAGUGGGUGGGCGUCUAUCGCCAACGGGUGAUUUCGUUGAUGAUUCCAACAAGUCAGAAGACAACACGUACUCCGUCAGUGCCACUUCGGAUCAGAGUACUGGAACUAUCUACAGCACGGAGACACUGCACACUAGCGGACGACCGCUGCCACCGGGAGUAAAUCCGAAUGGUGAAACGUUUUACGUGGGCAAUGGUCGGUAUCGAACCGUAACCGCUAUCAACGGGGAUCUAAUCAUUGAGUAUCCGGUGAUCAGCCAGGAAGAGAAGGAACUCAAAUCGCCGUCGUCGACGGUGUCCUGUGCGUCUUCGUCCUCGCCACCGUCGUCUACUUCUUCACUGUACAAUUCUUCACCUUCUCCGUGUUCGACCGGCAAUGGAGUCAUCGCUCCACCGGUGGCCCACAGUGGCAGUAACAGCGGGACCAGUACACCGUAUCAACACUUCCAUAAGAAGUAUCUACGAGAGGAACACAUGAAACAGCUGAAACAGGUCAACAGCUCGUACGUGACACCCGUCAAACAACAGACAAGUGCAAUAAAGUUCGAAGAAGGUGAGCUCACGUCAGACGAACGCCAGUACCCGCCGGCACCGACCAAAUCGAACGGUUACUCGAUGCCCAUAUCGCCGAAUGUCAGCAGUGACGAUUACAGCAGUAGUACCUACGGUGGCAGCAUGAAACCGCCAUCUUCUCCGCCGCUUUCACCGCAACACAUGAACGGCAGUGGAACCACGAUGACCGCCGGUGUCCAUUCGCAGUCGCAACCCUCCCCACAGCCUUCGCCGGUUGGUGGCGGCACCAAUGGCAGUCAGCAGCAUUCGCAGGGUAAACUGUCCCCACCGAAGGCCAAACAUCCGACCAAUAUGCCAUAUGAUCCGCAUGUCAAUGUGCAGAGUAAACCGCCGUUCAGUUUUAGUUCGCUAAUUUUCAUGGCGAUCGAGAAUUGUCAGCAGAAGGCGUUACCAGUGAAGGAAAUCUAUGCCUGGAUUGUUCAGCACUUUCCGUACUUCAAAACGGCACCGACCGGUUGGAAGAACAGCGUUCGGCAUAACCUAUCGCUGAACAAGUGUUUCCAGAAGGUGGAAAAGGCAGCGAACCAAUCGUUACAGAAUCUUGGCAAGGGCUCACUCUGGAUGGUUGAACCGCAGUAUCGGCCGAAUCUAAUCCAGGCACUGUCACGUUCACCUUUCCAUUCGGGAUCAGGAAUUGACAAAACCACCUACAAAGCAAUGCAACAACAGGCCCAACAGCAACAACAACAACAACAACAGCAUCAACGCUCUACGGACAGUCCCACCAGUAGUGUUGGCAGUAGUUAUUCCAAGCAGGACAACUUUCCUUACCUCGCUAGUCGUUUGGCACCGGGUGAUGCACAGAACGGUGCUAAUUUGCAUCAUAUCCACUCUCAAGCGCAGCAGCAGCACCAUGCGGAUCCGGACGGGGAUGAUUUCAGUCGUUCAUCAACACCGAUAGACUAUGAAGGUGGCGGCAGUGACCAGUCGCAUCAUGCAACCGGACCGAGUGUGCUGUGUCACGUAACCUAUCAGCAUUCAGCAGGAGGUCAUCCGCCAACUUCAACCGGUGUCCUAGUUGGAACCCCACCAGGUGGAAUGAUACUACCGAAUGGAACCACCGGGGGUGGCUCGACAACUGGCGAGACUAUCAGCCGAGAUUGGAGUGCCGAUACGAUAGACGAUGUGAAUGCCGCAACCGCCAUGUUGGCUCUGAAGCAUGGACCAAAAAUUUUCACCGAAGGAUUUCAGAACGGAACUCCUCCGGUUAUUACAACUUCACCGAGCGAAGAUCACACCUACUCGGCAGGUGGUAGCAUACCGGCUGUGGUAGCAAGUGGCCGCUCGAGUAACACGAACAGCGACGCCAACAGUAAUGGAACUUUGUCGGAUGCCGCCUACGAGAGCAGUGAGGAAAGUCAAAAUCAUCCGGUCCCGGAUGAUCUGGAGGAGCAGCGUCGUCAGGCCGGUGUCGAUGCCCUGUUAAAUCUGGCUGGUAUAAUUGACUACUCGUCGAAUGGCUUGCAGUCGGCGUCGUCUUCGCUGAAGAGACCGGCACCUACCCCGUACGAUUCCGGCCAUCAGUCACCAUAUCAAUCGCAGCAUCAGCAGCAGCAACAGCUACUAGAAACCACACCACCCUCCGGAUUCAACGUAGUUGUCCAUCAACAGCAACAGCAGCAGCAGCAGCAAGCGCAACCAUACCGUAAUUACUACAUGCCGGACGAUCUGUGCCAGUAUUCGUCCCCGUCGCCACCGAAAAAGAGCAAAUCGUCCUCGGCACGGAUGCUGAAAAAACUAAAAAAGAAACCCUCCUGGGUGCGGUAAUAUUGUGCUGGAAAUCGUCGGGGAAAUCGCAUACGCAUACGGCAUCAGCGAAGGUGGAACCGGGAAGAAACACCUCCUCUCGUACAGGUUAUGUUUACACGUGGUCGCUUCGUUGAGAGAAAGUGAUAAUUGAUCGAGAAGAAACAAUAAUUGUCAAUUACGUGAGGACUUCUGCUUACCUCCAAAGAAGGGUUGGCAGGAGACGAAGGACGGCAUCCAAAUUUAGGUACUAUUAUCAAGAAGCGUGAUUUUGUUUUUUUAGUUCUUUAUUUUUGAAAUAUUUAUUUUUCUAUGGUAUCAUGCUGUUUUCGGCCGUUUUGUUAUUGUUUUAAAUAUGGAUUUAUGAAAAAAAAAGAAGUAUAUAUAGGUCAUAAUUUUCCCUUUUCUCAGUUAUCCCUUCGCUCCACGAAGUAGAUUUCAAUUGCCACGGGGCAGUGUCACUUUCAAGCAUAUUUCCGGGCACUCUUGUUGUACAUUGUGCUUCUUGUUCGGUGCCCGACGCUUUUCACGAACCAAGGCCUACUACUACUAUUACUACUACUGCUAGUACUGUGUUUUUAACAAACGUCAAAUAGAGCCGUACCAAACCACAAACUGAGACUAAUUUGUUUAGUUAAAAAAAGAUAAGAGCGGAUUCCUUCUGUUUUUUUCUAUUGAUUAUUUGUUAUAGGACCAGCUUAGAAAAAUUAUUAUGUUUACCAAUGCGCCAAUCGAAUCACGUUCAACGUUCGAGUUUGUCGCUUUAUUUAAGAGAAUGGAUUUUUAUUUUUAAAUUAAGUAACAAGGGUUCGUCGUUAGGCUUUCACACUAUUGACGAGAAAUAAAUUGACGCCAAGUCCAACUUGAGGAUAAUGAAGAAAGAAAGAAAAAACAUAGUUUUGUACACUUUAAAUGAACCAAAAUUGCAUUUUUUCUGUUGAAAAAGUUAUUAUUUAUUUAAGCAGUUAGAGUAGGAAACAGAACAGUUUAGCGAGAGUUAUCCCAAUAUAUCUUUACCUAGUGUGUGGACGUACGAAAACCCAUAAGUAAGUUUAGAGAAGCAGUAGAUAGUGUCAGAGUAAAGAAGGGGGAAAAUGAGAGAAGAAAACCAGAACUUAGUCACUCGCGCCUUUGAUUUUUACUAGAGCUAGAUCGAUUUUUUCUACAUACUAUGUAUAGUCAGAGAAGGAAAGAAGAUUAAAGUUAGCAUCAUACUAAAGUGAAACAAUCACAUUAAACAGGAUGGGAGCAAAGGAGAAAAGAAAACAAAAAAAAAUAUUCACUGAAACAGUUGAACGAAGAAGAAAAAAAAGAUACAAAAGCAUGAUUUAGUUUUAGUUUAGUUUAAAUAGUGGUGAAAUCAACCGCAUGCUGUACGUUAACAAUAAUCAAAACAACAUUGUUGAAGCGGAAGCGUCGCUUUAAAGAAAAGGAAAAAAAACUAAUCGAAGCAUGCCACGCCGCGUGGCAGUUUGAUUAUGAUUUGUUUUGUUUUCGCUAGAAUCUAUUCGAGCAUUCUUUCUGUUAGCAUAGCUUCCUGUAAGGUCAGUUGUUCUGUUUCUUGCUGGUGCCAAUUUAGAGUUGCUUUUGUUUGGCCAACAGAAUCCUAUCGGUAGGUAGAAUAUAUCAGCUAGUAGUAUUCGAUCGGAAACAGAAUGUGCCGCUUGAACAUUGCGAACGGAUGAUUUCAGAGUUAAGUUUCUAUGGGCAAGAAAAAAAGAACCUUCAACUGUUAGUGCACUGUUAAGGGAAUUUGUAUGUUUUUAAGUCAAGCAAUGCCAAAUGGGAUCGGCACUGAUAGGUGCCGAUUCCUACUGGAAUGGUUAUAAGAAAUACUAAAAUAUCAUUUAUUGAAUUGAGACUUUCUGUUGUUUUAUUAUCAUUUUCUUCGCAAAGCCGGUCUAAAUUCAUGGUAAACGGUGACCAUGCGCUGAACAAUCAUAACUAACUUCUAAACCGAACGACGAAUCAGUACCGGAGCAUACACACAAAACUCAUCUAGAUAAGUUGAAUGUUCACGAUACGCCUAUAUCUACGCAUGUUGCCUAAAUCUAGGGUCUAUUCUUUCGCGCACACACGGUUUGAUAUUGAUCUCACUACGAGUAGUACCCGAGCAGUGUAUAAUAUUGUAUACAGUUCACAAUGACACAUCAUAAAACAUGGUCGCGAAAAUGAGUUUAAUUUUUGCAUUCUUUGCAUCAAGGAUGCGUAAGAAAUGUAGAUGUGCCAAAACAAACAAAAAAAUAGGAAAACUAAUCACUAGAAGCCUUCGGUUUUAGCGCCUCGUUGUUAGAAUAGAAUAGUACAUUAUUUGACUUAAUUCUUUGCUGUUGCAUAUUUCAAUCGGUAGAUCGCCAGCGAUCAAGAACAGUUUCAUCUAUAUCUAUUGUUAUAUAGUCUUCCAGAUGUAUAUUUACACAUUCACACUCAUACCACGAUAGGAGCUCUACUGAAAAGAAAGAAAGGGAAAGAAAAACAAUUGUAUUAUGGCAUCAUGCGCCGCGAUUACACACAGAGAAAAUCCUGUUGAAUAGUAAAUUACCAAGCUAUUUAGAGAAACUAAGAGAUGUUAACAUUAUAUGAACUAACUAUCCUCUGCUUAGAACAAACAAUCUAACUAAACGAUAAUUCUAAACGAAACGACAAAAAACCCUUAAGAUACUGGAAAACGUAUUACCUUUACGCUUCAAUAUUACACCACCAGUGUGUGUGGGUAUUAGUGCGUGUGCGCGCAGAUAAAGCCUAUUACAUAUGCAAGAAUCAUACACACACUUUCAUAUAUGCAUACAUACAUACAUACAUACAAACAUACCUAAAUAAGGCACUCGAAUCGGGUAAGAAAUGAUUAAGCCUAAACUACCGUAAGUAGCACAUAGGAGCGUUACAAACAUUAUAGUCGCAGAAUACAAAACAAGUACUAAAUAGACUGCACAUGAAUAAAUAUUUCUACACACUAAUGUCGAACCUAUAAAACACGAAUCAGUCCGAUUAGCAAAAAAAAACAAGAGAAACCAAUAUAGUGAAGAGAAAAAAAGGCAGCAAUCGUGAAGAAUAAAACGUGAGCUAUCAAGUAGUCAAACAAAAAAAAAACAAAAACAACAAAGAAGCAAUACUAAAACAUGCAGAACUUCGAACAAAAAAAAUGAAAGCACCUAAACAUUCACACCCACACACACACACACACACACACACACACACACACACACACACACACACACACACACACACACACACACACACACACACACACACACACACACACACACACACACACACACACACACACACACACACACACACACACACACACACACACACACACACACACACACACAUACACGUCAACACAAGGUGUAGUGCUAUUUUAUAUUAGAGUAGAAACAUUGGAAAAUACAGACACAUUCACACGUAACUGAAUAUAAUUGCCUCCUAACGAUUGCAACAACAACAGAAAAAUGUUCGACUUUGCGAUGACGGUAAGGUCUAAAUAAAGAACAGAUAUUGACGA